GAAUGUAUGGGUUGUAAUUGCAUACCAUUCUUUAAGCAAACCAAAGUCCAGGGAGAAAGAAAUAGAAAAGAAUGGGGUCCUCGGGGCAAGGUUGUGAGGUCCAGAUCACCCCCACCACCCAAGUGAGCGAUGAAGAAGCACAGCUGUUCGCUAUGCAGUUGGCGAGCGCUUCGGUUCUUCCAAUGGUGCUGAAGGCCGCCAUCGAGCUAGACGUGCUGGAGAUCAUUGCGGCGGCAGGGGAGGGGGCUUUGUUGUCCCCCUCACAAAUUGCCUCUCACCUCUCCUUCUCCGGGGCCAAAACCCCAAACCCUGAGGCGGGUGUGGUUCUGGACCGCAUGCUCCGGUUGCUGGCUUCCUACUCCAUCCUCACUUACUCCCUCAAUACUCUCCCCGAUGGCUCACUCCAGAGGCUCUACGGCCUCGCCCCUGUAGCCAAGUUCUUGGUCAAGAAUCAAGACGGCGUCUCCAUCGCUCCCCUGUGUCUCAUGAACCAGGACAAGGUCCUCAUGGAGAGCUGGUACCAUUUGAAAGAUGCGGUACUGGAAGGAGGGAUUCCAUUCAACAAAGCAUACGGAAUGACGGCGUUCGAAUAUCAUGGAACAGAUCCGAGAUUCAACAGGGUGUUCAACAGGGGAAUGUCCGACCAUUCCACCAUUACCAUGAAGAAGAUUCUAGAGACCUACAAAGGCUUCGAAGGCCUUAAUUCAGUGGUGGAUGUGGGCGGUGGGACCGGAGCUGUUCUCAACAUGAUAGUCUCCAAGUACCCUUCUAUUAGGGGCAUCAACUUCGACCUCCCUCAUGUCAUUCAGGACGCCCCUGCCUACCCAGGAGUCCAACAUGUUGGGGGCGACAUGUUUGUGAGCGUCCCAAAGGGGGAUGCUAUUUUCAUGAAGUGGAUCUGUCACGAUUGGAGCGACCAGCACUGCCUGAAAUUGUUGAAGAAUUGCCACGAUUCUCUGCCGGAGCAUGGGAAGGUGAUUGUGGCGGAAUGCAUUCUUCCGGAUGCACCAGACAGCAGCCUUGCCACCAAGGGAGUGAUUCACAUCGAUGUCAUAAUGCUGGCUCACAACCCUGGAGGCAAAGAAAGGACCGAGCAGGAGUUCCACGCCUUGGGCAAGGCUGCUGGAUUUCAAGGCUUCAAGGUCCACUCUUGUGCUUUCAACACAUACAUCAUGGAAUUUCUCAAGACUCUUUAGUUUCGAACUCCAAACAUAACCUUCCUCCUCUGCCUUUCUGCCUUUCGGUUUUCAAAUCGAUCAAUAACAUCUUUUGUGGCCAUAAGUUUAUUAUUUGGGCAAAAGAAUCAAUUUUACAACGUGGAAAGGAUAAACCAAAAUGAAAAAGAGAAGUGUUAGAUA